AUGGCACAAUUCUUUCCUCAACAACCUCAGAACCAGGGAUACGGGGCGCAAAACCUACAAUUCUAUCCCUCUUCAUACACACCAAACCCCGUUUCUGGACAUGCUACACCGCAACAAGCUUACAAUUACGGUGGUGGACCGGCGGGAAGUCCUGGUUAUGGCGUUGGAGGAGGUUAUGGUGCAAGUUUCGGGGCGCCUCCAGGAGUCAGUGGCAGGAUGGGAGAGCAGGGAGGUUUGAGGACAGGAUGGUUAGCUGCAUUUGGCACAGAGGGCUAUGAUGGCGAGCCACCUCUGUUAGAAGAGCUGGGAGUGAACUUUGCACAUAUACAAGCCAAGACAUUAGCAGUACUGAACCCUCUGGCACACAUCGACCAACACAUAAUGGACGACUCCGACCUUGCAGGCCCAAUACUCUUCUUCCUCCUUUUCGGCACUUUCCUCCUGUUCUCAGGCCGUCUACAUUUCGGGUACAUAUAUGGCCUCGCGCUCCUAGGUUCCGUCGCUCUACACACAAUCCUCUCCCUAAUGUCCCCUCCCGCCGACCCUUCCUCCGCACCCUCACCAUCCUCAGCUUCUUCUUCACAUUUAUCCUCCACACUCACAUUCCCGCGCUCAGCGUCAGUAUUAGGAUACUGUCUCCUACCAUUAGUCUUAACGAGUCUCGUCGGCGUGGUAUUACCCAUGGACGGAAUGCUAGGUUACGUAUUAACCAGUCUCGCAAUUGUGUGGUGCACGUAUUCCAGCUCAGCGAUGUUCUGUGCCGUAGGCCGGAUGCGGGGGAUGAGAGGGUUGGUUGCGUAUCCGCUGGCGUUGUUCUAUGUGGGCUUUGGCAUCAUGGGUAUCUUCUCGAGUAGAGGGAGUCAGGGCUUGGCGAAAGUUACGAAGGUUGCGACAGGGCUCUAAGCGCUCUUGCUGUAAGAGGGUGGUAUCUUUGUGGUUUAGCCAUGGGAAC